AUGCCGGGCCAAGGGUAUCGUUGCCUUGACCUCACCACCAAUCGAGUGAUCACCUCCCGUCACGUGGUCUUUGAUGAGCAACAAUUUCCUUUCACACGUGACUCACCGGCACCAUUGAGUGCCUAUGAUUUUUUGGAUGAUACAGAUGUUGAUCCGGCGCUGGUCCAGUUGUGCCUUCAGCUGCUCAACCAGCUGCUGUACCUCCACAUCAUCAAGGCACGACUUCCAGCCAACCGCGACAAGGGCAGGGAUCAGGUGCAGCACCCCUUCCUCUUGUCUUUCAGGGCCAAGAUUUGGCUCCUGACAGCCCUGUCAAUGAUCUGGGCCACCAGUCCGAAUGUUGUGUGUGAAGUGUGUGGAGCUAUUGGUUUUGAACGUCUCCUGUUAUGUUGCAGUGACUGCAAGGGAGGCCAUACACACCAGUACUGUUUGGACAAAGUUCUCUUUGAUGCAACUUUAGAGGACUGGUUUUGUGAUGAAUGCAAACAACGGCAUAAUGAAGGUUCUCACAGCAGGUCUCUAGAGAAGGUGUCAAGUGAAAGGCCAUCAAAUCAUGCUCGAUUUGACUCUACAUCACAGCAGCCAAUUACCAAGAGACUGGAGUCAGCUACGGUUGUAGGGACAUCGGGACAACGAAAAAGGAAGUCUACGGUUGUAGGUGCAAAUCUAAAGAAAAAACAUUCUUCUAGGGCAAAGUCUUUGCGAAAGAAGUGCAUUAGGAACAAGUCAAAUAUGAGAGGCAAAGGCAUCAAUAGAAGAGGUAUAAGGUCUAAACAUUCUUCGAAUUGUACAGAGCAGUUGAACCUCUCAAUAGGACAGGUUGGCUCAGCUUCGUUAUCGAAAGGUGUUAAGCAGCCUACCCCUGUAAUUGUGAAUGCCCUGGGUUAUACAUUAGGAGACACUGGUCAAUCUCAUGUGUUUAAACCAUUGGAAGGGUUAGUCCGCAAAUCAAUGCAAACUCCACAAUCACUAACAACAGAUCAAGCGUAUUCAACUUCAUCCUUAGAGAUCUCUUCAAAAACUAAAUUCGCUCAUGAGGCUAGUGCUACAGAAGUUGAAAUUUCUGAUACUGUUCAAAACUUGAGAAAGGACAGCCCAAAAAAGCGUAGACGUCUCAUUCUAACUGAUGACGAUGAAGAUGAAGAAGAAGACAAGGCUGAAGACGUCCAGCAGGGAAAUGUCAAUCAUCAACCUCUUAAGUGUAAUGAACCAAUGGUGAGGCAUCGGAUAAACACUGAAUAUUAUGUGGAAGAGGCUGUACAAACUGGCGACAUAAAUGACCAAAAUCUCAUAAAUGGUGGGCCAAUGAAGCGGAGGAGAAGAUACAUAGUUGAAAAUGAAGAUGAAGAGGAUAUCGAAGGUGAUGAGUAUGCUCUGAACAAUGCCUCAAAGUGGUCUUCAAAUGACAGUGCAAAGAUGGCGUCACUAACUCCAGUUGCAGCUGACCAUUGUCACCAAUCCAGACUAUCUGAUUCAGAACGUGCCGAUCAACAAUAUCAUAUUUGUUUGCAACCCCUUGAUGAGCCUGUUUGGAGGCAAAAUGAGGACUUAAGCAGACUUAACAGAAUUAUCAAGAGUGAUGAUGCCUUACAGGUUACUGUUGGCAUUGCGGAGUUACUGAUAUUCCCCUCUGUCCUAUUACCAGAACAAUAUCAUCUUUUCCAGGGGAAGCACUACCUGUGGGGAGUGUUUAGGCAAAGAAAAGAUAUUCUUGACAAUGCUGUUCAUGUUGAAGAGCAAGAUGGUUCAGCGCAUGCGACAGGGGAAGGGCAACAUCAAGAACAUAAUCUUUUGGACCAACAAGAUGAAGCAUUGUAUGAGGUAUCGGACAAACAAACUUUUGAUGUGAAGCAUGUUGUGGAUGCUGAGGAUCAGCUGCAGGUGAAGGGUCACCCUGAGGUACAAAAUCACACUAUGAAAGUUGCCACGAGUGAAGGCAUUACCUCACUUAGUAGCAGUUGGUCCCCUGCUAAGCCGGACUCUUCAAAAGCUGGAUCAAACAGCUCUGUGCAUCCAAGAACUGAGUGUAAAUUACAUGCUCCUGGAGAUGCGGAGCAGCAAGAAGACUUCACCUCUUCACCUCAGUGGGAUGCCACAAGUAUUACCAAACAAUCAAGUGCUGAUAUACCUGUUGAGCAUGGCAACCAACAAGCCCACCCAGACUCAGAACCUUCCACCACAAAGCUUUUUGGAUUUGUCGCUGCCCGGACACCCAGAUCUCAACAACUCAUCCAGGAGAUGGUCAAUGAAGGUGCAGUGUUAUUCCCAGUGCCAGAAGUGAUUGCAAUGACUGAUUCUGUCACAGGCAGCAGCACUGGAGUUGUGUCUUCUACACUGAACCCUGACGCCAAGUGUGAGGCCUCACAGGCCUUUGAUUUCGUGUCCGUGGGACAUGGCGAGCCUGGCGUGGAUUCUGAAGCCUGCCUGGAGCUGUUUCCGGUGCGUCAGGAACAGAUUGGAUGGUCUCCAAGGGCAGAAGUUAGUGGGGAAGUGGACCUUAACUUGAGUCUUGGUAAGCGUCCACCAGCACCUUCCUCGCCACCACUGCUCUGA